CCAUUUGGUGGUGUGACUUUGGGGAACAUAUGUAAGACUAUAUCCCAAUAUUUCGGGGAUCCCUGCAGACUUCACUACACAAGACCUGGUUGAGGGUCCUUUAAGAGGAGCGAAGCCACGCUCUGCCCUCCGAGUCUCAAGGCAUAAUUUCUCAGCGCCCCUCGCAGUACCAUUUGGUCUCUGCCCAGCGUGCAGGGGAGUCGCCACGGCCACGUGCCCAUGAGAACUACAUUGCCCAGAAACCUCUGCGCCGCGCGUCAGCGGCACUCAGGGGCGUUUCCCUGCGGACGGAAGCUCUCUGGGCGUGACUUCCGGCAUCUUCCUCGCGGCGGACAUCUUUUCGGCGCUUAGGUGGAACCAUCGGAGCAAAAGCUCGGGGUUGCUGGGCCGUUCCGCGGUGACGGAAGCGGGAGGGUGCGGGAGGAGUCGUUGUUCGCCCUGCAGAGUGGCUCGCCAGCGAAGACCCCGCCUUCACCCCCCGGGGACGAACGACCGCGGUGCCAGGGUCCCGCGACCUGGGACACCCCUCGCGGCUCUGUGAGGUCUAUGAACUAUGAUGGCGGCGGCCGCGGUGCUGAGCCCGGCGCAGAUCCUUUGUGGUUGCUGAAUUGUAACGAGAGAGAACCCUGGGUGCCUGAGAGGGCAUGACUCUAGUCACAGCAGGAGGGGCUUGGACAGGCCCUGGUUGUUGGCAUGGAGUGAAGGAUGAAGAGUCAUCUUCUGAACAGAGCAUUUCUAUAGCAGUGUCACAUGUUAAUACUUCCAAGGCAGGUUUGCCCACACAGACAGCUUACCCUUGUGACAUAUGUGGCCCCAUCUUGAAAGAUAUUUUGCACCUGGAUGAACACCAGGGUACACACCAUGGACUGAAACUUCACACAUGUGGGGCAUGUGGGAGACAAUUCUGGUUCAGGGCAAACCUUCAUCAACACCAGAAGUGUUACAGUAUAGAGAAACCCUUAAGAAGGGAUGAAGGUGAGGCCUCAAUUGUGAAGAACUGCACAGUUAGCAAAGAACCUCACCCAUCAGAGAAACCCUUUACGUGUAAGGAGGAGCAGAAAAACUUCCAGGCUACUUUGGGUGGCUGCCAACAAAAGGCCAUCCGCAGUAAGAGGAAGACACACAGGAGCACUGAGAGUGGGGAUGCAUUUCACGGAGAACAAAUGCAUUACAAGUGCAGUGAAUGUGGGAAAGCUUUCAGCCGCAAAGACACACUUGUCCAGCACCAGAGAAUUCAUAGUGGAGAGAAACCUUACGAGUGCAGUGAAUGUGGGAAAGCCUUCAGCCGCAAAGCUACACUUGUCCAGCAUCAGAGAAUUCAUACUGGAGAAAGGCCUUAUGAAUGCAGCGAAUGUGGAAAAACCUUCAGUCGAAAAGACAACCUUACUCAGCACAAGAGAAUCCACACUGGAGAAAUGCCGUAUAAGUGCAAUGAAUGUGGGAAAUAUUUUAGCCAUCACUCCAAUCUAAUUGUACACCAGAGAGUUCACAAUGGAGCAAGGCCUUAUAAGUGCAGUGAUUGUGGGAAAGUAUUCAGACACAAAUCUACACUUGUUCAGCAUGAGAGUAUUCACACUGGAGAAAAUCCUUACGAUUGCAGUGAUUGUGGGAAAUCCUUUGGCCACAAAUACACCCUCAUUAAACAUCAGAGAAUUCACACUGAGUCAAAGCCUUUUGAGUGCAUUGAAUGCGGGAAAUUCUUUAGUCGAAGUUCUGAUUUUAUUGCACACCAGAGGGUUCACACUGGUGAAAGGCCUUUUGUGUGCAGUAAAUGUGGGAAAGACUUUAUCAGAACCUCCCACCUUGUUCGACACCAAAGAGUUCACACUGGAGAAAGGCCAUAUGAGUGCAGUGAAUGUGGGAAGGCCUACAGCUUAAGCUCCCACCUCAAUCGGCACCAGAAAGUUCACACUGCAGGCAGGCUUUAGGAGUGCUUUGAAUACAACAGGACUCAUGAGUCAGAUGUUGAAUUUCAUAUAUCUGAACAUUGACACAAAGGAGAUUCCUUAUGGUGCCAGGUAUGUAGGAAGCUUCGAGGGAUAUGUUGCACUUUCUGACCUGCUCAGGUUUUUUGCCAGAGUUUUGUCACUGUCAAUGCCUGUGGCCGAAACCAUCUUAACUCUACCAGCUUAGAUACCCCAGCAUUGGGGAACGCAGGGUUUUGUAUUCUCCAGUCCCUGGAGAAAAUCAUGAGAUGCCUGAGUUCAUUGGGGGUCCUCAUUCCGUUCUGUAUGACAGGUAUAGGUAUGGACAUGAUCCAUCUUUAGCCACGAGGGUCUGAGCUGUAUCUGCUGGUGGCUUAUACAGAAGGUUUACUUUCUUCAUGGAUAUUCUUGGUCUCACAUACUUGUAUUGAGUUUUUCCAGCCUCCAAGUCACCUGGCCUGGGAAAGUACUUGCCUCAUGUUGCUCUGGUUUGUGAUAAUAAAGGCUUUACAGUUUAAGCCACUUUUAAUCUUGGGGGUUCUUACUGUCUGGAGUGGAUUGAAAACAGACUCUGCCAAACUGAAGACAGCCUUUGUGGGGCACCUCCAACUUUGCCUCAAAUGGGACAGUGGGUUGAGGGAGAACAGUUCUUAGUUCAGUUUUGAUGUUAACUUCCAUAGCUGACAAAGCUUGUUAAGUAAGAAUUCAGAUCUUGUGUAGACCUGAUUUGUCUGGAUUAUUUGAGAGCCCAUAUUUCACCUUGAGGAGGGUGCCGCUGCUGUGACAGCCUGCAGUGUUCUGAAACAGCAUGGAUUGAGUGUCUUGUUUCCAGCAUAUGUCCCUUGUUCCCCAACACUGUUGAGGGAAAGCUGUUCCUCAGGACCUGCCGGGUGGCCAUAUUCCCUGAAGGCCUGAAUCUGGUACACAGGCCACUGUUGGUAAGAUCUAAAACAUCCAGUAGGGAAACAAAAUUGAUAAAUAUUGGGUGUGGAUAAUUGGGAUUGGGGAGAUUGUGGCGAACUAGAGGGGAAGUACACAUUGUAAAAACACAUCCACAGAAAGUCCAGGCACUGAGGCUGGAUGGGAUCAGGUAUCCAGAAAUCUCAGGAUCUCCAGGGCCGUGUUACUGUUAGGUCAAGAUCACUGGUGCAGCAACGAAUGUAGUUUUCCUAGAUUCCUCUGCCUCCCUGGGCUCUUUACCUAAUGUCUUUGCUGCACAGGCAGUAACCCUGGGAGUAAAGAGGUGUGGUGGUCCAAAGAAGUAGCUUUUGUGACCAGCUGGGGUUUCUGGUGACUCUGUUGGCAAUGGUCCUCAUUGUUUGCCAGUUUUUCUUACUACUGAGGAAGAGAUUGUCUUCCCAAGGUAUUUGGAGUGAUAAGAGUCACCGUAGUGAUGUAGAGUCACUCUUGAUGUCCAGUUGUCCAAUUUCCAAUAGAAGUGGAACACCCAGAUUUUUUAAAGGGAUAACUUUUUAUAGGUUCACUGAGGUGUAAUCAACAUGCAAUAUAUUGCACAUAUUUAAAGUGUACCAGUAAGUCUUGAUACACACACACACACUUGAAACUAUCACCCUAUCAGUGGUGUCAGACAGAUCUGUCACCCCAAAGUUAACCUCAGGCCCUUCCCCCAAAGUGUGGGGGAGUGCUCUCCUUCCCCCAAAAUCCCUAGGCAACCAUUGAGUAGUUUUCACUAUAGGUAAAUUUGUCUUUUCUAGAAUUUUAUGUAAGUCUGUCUAUAAAGUGUUAAUUUUGUUUGUUGUCUUCAUGCAACAGAAUUUGAAAUUUGUCCAUGGUAUGUAUGAAUAGCCCAUUUUAAAAUUACUGAGUCAUAUUCUGUAUGGAUAUACCACAGUUUAUCCAUUUAUCUUGAUUGGUGUCUGCACUCCACACCCCAUUUUUAAAUACUAAAAAGCUGCUGCAAA